AUGGUGGUACCUGUGCAUUGGUUAUCAUACUUGGCUCCAGAACUCAUACGAUCUCUAUGCGAAGACUGGCGAGAAUUACCAUUUUCUGAAAGUACCGAUGUAUUUGCGUUCAGCACGGUUUGGUUCGAACUGCUGACGUCAUCGUUCCCAUUUGCUGGGGAAGUUCCUGAUCGUAUCAUUUGGAUGGUAGGAAAUGGUAUGAAAGCGCCACUAUACAAUCUGAAUACUGUUACUGAAGUGAAGGAAGACUGGUGUUGA